GUGCCUGUGAGCCAAGGUGCCAUGGCUGGCACUGCACCAAGACAUAGUGACCCCAGCCCCUCAUGGCCCAUGAGGACAUGGGCUGGGCACCCAGGCUUGGCUGGAGUUGACAAUAUGAUUUCUACUAAGCACAUGCUUGGGCUUUGGGGGUGCACAGAGGUGGGACAGUCACUGCCUGGGGGUGGUGCUGUCAAAGGGAUGAGGGUGACUGUUGGGGUCUGUCCUUGGGAAGGAGCUGGGGCAGAGGAGCCAGGUUCCACCUGCUGCCAGGAGGUGCCAGGAGGGAGCCCUGAUGGUGCCUGUCCUUCUCUUGCAGCUCGGGGCCGCAGAGGAUGUGGAACCCCAACCCAGGUGCUCCCAGUGGGGUGCCACCACCACAACUGCAAAUUUGCCCAGCAGCCCCCCCAGGAUACCCUUUUCACAACACUCCAGCAGGCCCCAACACAAGCUACCCCCAAAUGCCACCUGGUGCCCCUGGGACCUAUCCCCCGGGACAGCCACCCAGCCAUCCUUGUGGGCCCUCUCCACCUGGCCCCUACCCACAGGGGCAGCACCACCAUGGGCACCCUCCUCAAGGGCAUCAUCCCCAUGGACACCCCCCACAGGGGCAUCAUCCCCACGGACACCACCAUUCAGGACCACAGGGGUGCCCCCCUGACUGCCAAAAGAAGCACCAUAAGAAGCACAAGAAGCACUCCAAGCACCACGGACACAAGCACUCCAGCAGCUCAAGCAGCAGCAGCAGUUCUGACUCUGACUGAGGAGGUCCUCUCCCACCUGCAGGAUGGUGAAUGAUGAAACAAGAAGCCACACACCCCUUGGGAACCACCUGCACGUUGCUCUGCUCCUUUCCCCUUUCUCUUUUGGGCAGUGUCUUGCCUGCUGAGCGUUGUUCUUGUUUUUAGCUUGUAAAAUCUUUGACCUGGAAUCACUGUGAGGUGAUGGGCAGCAGCUCUGUCCUCUACCUUUCAGAGGAGCCCACUGAAAGUCACCCCCCAGGGCUGCAGGAGCAGCGUGGGGAGCAUCACAUGCUGGUUUGCAGUC